AUGAUUUCUAAUUUCCUGUUUAGGCAAACUCCUAACAUCACGUCCGACACCAGAAACACCCUCAUAGAGUUGGGAUAUUAUUCUCCUUUUAAUAUAACUUCACCAUCGACAUCACUCACAAGUCCAUAA